UUGAUCAAAACAUUUUUGGCUGUAAAUCAGUUUCAACCGAUUAAAAGGACAACAAUCCAUCAAUUAUGUUCAGAAAUAUAGCACGUCCAGGCUUGUUGAGGACAUAUUUGCCCUCCGUGCGGUACAACUCGACCUUGGCCGAACUUUCACAGGCCAUCAAGACCCCAGUGGAGUCUGAAUAUAAGGCAACCAACAACAGUAUUGUUUCUGAUAUUGACCAUUUACUUUUGGCUGACAGUGCCAAGGAAUCCGCUACUGACGCUGCUUCCCCUGCUUCUAAUAAUGAAUCCACUGGUUUCAAGAAUGGUGCUCUUUACGGUGGUGCUGCCCAUCCAUUUGGUCGUGCAUCUUCGUCCGAUUACCUUCUCCAACAAUCAGUAAGACAUCCAAGAGAAGUUGCCAAAUCUAUUAGAGUAUUUGGUCCAAUUGCUGGCCGUACUUUUGAUGUUCGUCACGGUAAUAUUGGUGCCACCAUCGCCUCUGUACAAACAGUUCUUCGUACCAACAAAAUUAAAAAGCUUGUAAAUGUUCAAAAACGUCACAUACCGAAGGCAAAGUAUAGAAAGCAAAAGCACAGAGAAUGGUGGAGACGCCAAUUCUCCAAGGGAUUCAGAGAAUUGAUGUCCGAAGUCAGAGACGCCACCAGAAGAGGAUAUUAAAUUGUACACAAAUUGUAAAUAGAAUACAUCACAGAACUUCCGGGAUAUACCGAUCAUGUGG